CCAGCACCUCUUCACCUCCUCUCUCUACCCAACUGGAUGGUAAAUAUGGAGGCGCCGAGAUAACGGUGUCGGGAGAGGCGUGAAGAGGUUCGGUUUAGAGUCCAGAAGGGGUUUAGCUUUAGUCUCUCACGGGGCGGCUGGAUACGCGGAGCGGAAUUAGCGUUCAGACGGUGAAAGACGCUCGAGCUGAGACGCUGAGACGCUCGCGCUCGGGGGAGAUGCAGCGCACGUGAAUCUGUCCCAACGCCGUACACACAGACAACAAAAGGUGUAGCAAUUCAUACUGUACCUCAAGGAUUACCGCACUGACCAUGAAGCAAAAUCAGGUGUAAAAAGAGAAAAAAAGUGUGCCCGGACGAUCGUGUGUUCAGCCUCGUCAUGGCUCCCGGUUCUGUGGAGGUGUUUUCUUUUACCCUCGUCCUCCUGCUGGCCUUCCUCCUCUCCUCGCUCUCCAGCACCUGCCACGCCUUGUCUCCCCCCAGGUUCACCAAGAUCCCUACAGACCAGAUAGGAGUUUCAGGUGGGGUGGUGUCCUUCGUGUGUCAGGCCACUGGCGACCCCAAGCCACAGGUCUUCUGGAAUAAAAAAGGCAAGAAGGUCAACUCUCAGAGGAUUGAGACUAUAGAGUUUGAUGAAGGAGCCGGAGCGGUGCUUCGCAUCCAACCGCUCAGAGCGCCGCGAGACGAGAACGUGUACGAAUGCGUGGCCAAAAACAGCGAGGGCGAAAUCGCCGUCACCUCCAAGCUGUCCAUCAGCCGAGAGGAUCUGUUGCCGCUCGGCUUCCCCAGUAUAGACAUGGGUCCACAGCUGAAGGUGGUGGAGAGGACUCGUACUGCCACCAUGCUCUGUGCUGCCAGUGGUAUUCCUGACCCCGAGAUCUCCUGGUUCAAAGACUUCCUUCCCGUGGAGCCUGCCCUGAGCCAGGGGCGAAUCAAGCAACUCCGAUCAGGUGCCUUGCAGAUAGAGCGAAGUGAAGAGACCGACCAGGGGAAAUACGAAUGUGUGGCAUCGAACCUACAGGGUGUACGCUACUCUUCCCCUGCCAAUCUCUACGUGAGAGUUCGCCGAGUGCCGCCUCGCUUUUCCAUCCUGCCCUCGAGUCACGAGAUUAUGCCGGGAGGAAGUAUAAAUAUCACCUGCGUGGCAGUAGGAGCCCCGAUGCCCUAUGUGAAAUGGAUGCUGAACUCGGAAGACCUGACACCUGAGGACGAGAUGCCGGUGGGUCGCAACGUCCUGGAACUGAACGGCGUCCGCGAGUCGGCCAACUACACCUGCGUGGCCAUGAGCAGCCUGGGGAUGAUAGAAGCCACGGCACAAGUCAUUGUGAAAUCACUGCCCAGAGCUCCCGGCACCCCCAUAGUCACAGAGACGACAGCCACAAGUGUCACCAUCACCUGGGAUUCAGGCAACCCCGACCCCGUCUCCUAUUAUAUCAUCCAGUACCGGGCAAAAUCACCCGACAGCAAGUUUGAGACAGUGGAUGGUAUCACGACGACUCGCUACAGCAUCGGAGGCCUCUACCCUAACACAGAAUACGAGAUCCGUGUCUCAGCAUUUAACACCAUCGGCCAGGGCCCGCCCAGCAACAAAGUGGACGCUAGAACCGGAGAGCAGGCUCCUGCCAGUCCACCUCGGAACAUCCAAACACAAAUCAUCUCACCCAGCGCGGUUAUGGUUAGGUGGGAGGAGCCAGAGGAACCCAACGGUCAGAUCAAGGGCUAUCGAGUAUACUACACCAUGGACCCAUCCCAGCCAAUGAGCAACUGGAAAAUCCACAACGUUCAGGAUAGUUUAAUCACCACCAUCCAAAGUCUGGCACCGUCUGAGACUUAUUCCAUCCGAGUACUGGCAUUUACCUCUGUAGGGGACGGGCCAUUCUCAGACUCGGUGCAUGUUAAGGUCCUACCUGGGGUACCAGGUCAGCCAGGGAAGUUUCAUGUUGGAAAAGUAAGAGAUACGAGCAUUGAGCUGAUGUGGGACCCUCCGUUCUCUAAAGAGCCCAUCAAGAGCUAUGAGCUUCUCUACAAAGCAGCUAAGCAAAGCACCCAGGAGAAGAAGAGCUUCGAGCCGAGGUCGUCCUAUGUGGUGGAGGGAUUGCGCGCCAACACCGAGUACAGCUUCUCUCUGGCGGCCAUUUCCAGUAAGGGCAUCGGAGCCUUCACCAACGAGAUCAUCCAGCGCACUGCACAAGCCAAUGUGCCCAGGAACUUCUCGGUGAAUCUGGCAACCACGACGAGCGUCUUGCUAACUUGGGAGUUUCCUGAAAGCAGCUCCCCGUAUCGCUUCACUGUGGAGUACAAGAGUCAGAAGAUGGACGUGGAUGCUCGUUUGAGGAAAGCUGUCAUCCCCAACCUAAUGCCCGACACCAGCUAUGAUUUUAAAAUAACCAGUCCAGAGGGAAACCUGGGUGGUCUAAGGCACCGAAUCCAUGCCAAAACCUCCCCGCCCAUCACCAUUAACCAGCCUGUGAUUGACAACACUCGAGAUACUGACACCACCGUGACCAUCAUACUACCCUCGCUGGAUACCAGGACUGGCGUGAGGAAUAUCUACGUGGUGGUGGUUCCUCUGAAGAGAGGCAGAGGAGUGAACCGGCAUCUGAAGAGCCCAGAUGAAAUGGAUUUGGAAGAGCUGUUGAAGGAUAUCAGCCAGAAGCAGCGUGACCCACGGCAGAGGCAGGUGGACCUCCGCCGUGCCUACAUCACCGCCCGCUUCACUCCCUCCACUCUGCCCGCGUUCUUCAGACUCGGGGACCAGUUGGACUACGGCGGAUUCGAUAACCGAGCUCUGGAGUCCGGCCAGGAGUACGUCUUCUUCAUCCUCGCUGAACUCAACUCCACCACUGGGAUGUUCGUUGCCAGCCGCUACUCUGACCCAGUCAUCGCGCCCGACUCAGACCCGCAACCUCUGGAUGCUGGAGACGGUCUCAUCUGGGUGGUGGGGCCGGUCCUGGCUGUAGUCUUUAUCAUCUGCAUUGUCAUCGCCAUCUUGCUCUACAAAAACAAACCAGACAGCAAGCGCAAAGACUCCGAGCCAGGCACCAAGUGUUUACUGAACAACGCCGAAAUGAUGGCGCAUCACCCCACCGACCCUGUCGAGAUGAGACGCAUCAACUUUCAGACACCAGGUAUGAUGAGUCACCCCCCCAUCCCAAUCUCGGAGCUGGCAGAACACACCGAGCUUCUGAAGGCCAACGACAACCUUCGGCUCUCCCAGGAGUACGAGUCCAUUGAUCCCGGGCAGCAGUUCACAUGGGAGAACUCCAACCUGGAUGUGAACAAGCCAAAGAAUCGCUACGCCAAUGUCAUUGCUUAUGACCAUACCAGAGUCAUCCUCGCACCCGUUGACGGUGUUAUGGGUAGCGACUACAUCAAUGCCAACUACAUAGACGGCUACAGGAAGCAGAAUGCCUACAUUGCUACGCAAGGCCCAUUACCCGAGACGUUUGGUGACUUCUGGAGGAUGGUAUGGGAGCAGAGAGCUGCGUCUGUGGUCAUGAUGACCAAGCUGGAGGAGAAGUCACGGAUAAAAUGUGAUCAGUACUGGCCAAGCAGAGGAACAGAGACGUAUGGCCUGGUGCAGGUCACUCUUCUGGACACCAUGGAGCUGGCCACGUUCUGCGUCCGGACCUUUUCACUGCACAAGAGUGGCUGUAAUGAGAGGAGAGAAGUGAGACAGUUCCAGUUCACGGCGUGGCCUGAUCACGGCGUACCCGAGUAUCCCACUCCAUUUCUGGCCUUCCUGCGCAGAGUUAAAGCCUGUAACCCUCCAGAUGCCGGACCUGUCGCUGUUCACUGCAGUGCGGGCGUGGGUCGUACGGGCUGCUUCAUCGUGAUCGACGCCAUGCUGGAGCGGAUCCGGCACGAGCGCACCGUCGACAUCUACGGCCACGUGACGCUAAUGCGCUCUCAGAGAAACUACAUGGUGCAGACAGAGGAUCAGUACAGCUUCAUCCACGAGGCCCUGCUGGAGGCCGUCGCCUGUGGUAACACCGAAGUGGCCGCACGGAACCUCUACACAUACAUGCAGAAACUGGCACAGGUGGAGAGCGGGGAACACGUCACGGGCCGGGCUCUGGAGUUCAAGCGUCUGGCGAACAGUAAAGCUCACACCUCCAGGUUUGUGACAGCCAACCUGCCCUGCAACAAGUUCAAGAACAGGCUGGUGAACAUCAUGCCUUACGAGACCACUCGCGUGUGCCUGCAGCCAAUCAGAGGCCUUGAAGGCUCAGACUACAUCAAUGCCAGCUUUAUCGAUGGAUACAGGCAGCAGAAAGCAUAUAUCGCCACACAAGGUCCCUUAGCAGAGACCACAGAGGACUUCUGGAGGAUGCUUUGGGAACACAACUCCACCAUCGUGGUCAUGCUUACCAAACUGAGAGAAAUGGGACGGGAAAAAUGUCACCAGUACUGGCCAGCAGAACGCUCUGCACGCUACCAGUAUUUUGUUGUGGAUCCAAUGGCUGAGUACAACAUGCCCCAGUACAUACUGAGAGAGUUCAAAGUCACAGAUGCGAGAGACGGACAGUCUCGAACGGUCCGGCAGUUCCAGUUUACCGACUGGCCCGAACAAGGAGUGCCAAAAUCGGGGGAGGGUUUCAUCGAUUUCAUCGGACAGGUGCACAAAACCAAGGAGCAGUUCGGACAGGACGGGCCGAUCGCCGUCCACUGCAGUGCGGGUGUGGGCAGGACGGGUGUGUUCAUCACUCUCAGUAUCGUCCUGGAGAGGAUGCGUUACGAGGGCGCGGUGGACAUCUUCCAAACUGUCAAAAUGCUGCGCACACAACGACCAGCUAUGGUGCAGACAGAGGAUGAAUACCAAUUCUGCUACCAGGCCGCCCUCGAGUACCUGGGAAGCUUUGAUCACUAUGCAACGUAAGAGAAGUAGACAAGCUUGUCUCAAAAGCAUCUUUUCUGAUGACCUACACCACUACAGAAAAAAAAAAUCACUCAUUCCAUGAUGCCAUUGCAAAAGGGGAACAUUUUGGAUGGAAACUUAUUUUGGAAGCAAGAAAACAGGAACUUCUUAAGAACUUCCCAAAGAAGUUCUGUAUCACAGCAA